AUGGGAGACCCGUUCGGCGGCUGGAGCCCGUCACGGAGCGAAUAUGACGACAGGACCCCUCCCCGACAUUCCAGCAGCUUCGUCCGCCUCGCCGGGAAAAGCAUCUACAACCAGCGCAAGGAGUACGGGCACACCCUGCUCAGGCUCCACAACGAUUUCCAGCACCACGUUGAGCACCUGCUCACGAUGCCCCUGGAGCGGGACCUCCGCAGUGCCCAGGACUGUCUGGGGCGCCUGAAGGAGCUGGAGGAGCAGGGCCGGGUCUGGGGGCAGGAUGUCAUCCUGGCAGUCAAGGAGCAGGAGCUGGUGCUGAGCGAUGUGGAGAGCAAGGAGGAGCUGGAGGCUUUCCCGCUGGGAAGCGUGCAGGGAUGCUCCUCCGGGCUGGACAACACGGUGCUGGCUGUCAGCGUCCAGGAGAGGAACCCGCCGAGAACCAGUGUGCUGCUCUUCCAGUGCGAGCGGCUGGGGGCAGAGACUCUGAAGAGCAGCCUGGAGAAGGUGCUGAGGCAGAGGAAGGAGGAGCAGAGCGAUCACUACGGGCACAGCCCGGACACUCCACCGAGCCCGGCCCCCCCGUACCCGGCCCCGGAGCGCUGGGCAGAGCCCCCCCAGCCCGACCCCCAGGAGCCCCCCCAGCGCAGGCUGCUCUCCUCGGAGUACCUGUCACCAGGUGCGCCGGACCCCCCGCAGAUGCCGCGGAGCCGCCCCCCCGGCCAGGCUGUGGCCGAGGUGGAGAGAGAUGUUGAGAUCCUCAACCACGUCCUCGGGGACCUGGAGCUCUUCAUGGGCCGCCUGAAGACGGCCCUGAGCUCGGCCAGCACGAAGAAGAAGCGGAAGAAGCCAGCGCUGCCCCCAAAGGAUGGGUACACGGAUUUCUUCCAGAAGGUGAAAUACGCCCUCAACCUCAUGGGACGGACCCACCGGGACGUGACGGAGCCCGACCCCCCCGAGCUGCUGCGCCUCAUCUUCUCAGCUCUGUCCUUCGUCCUGGCCCACUGCCCCAGCCCCGGCCUGGCCCCGGGGGUGGAGAGUCCAUUGCUGCUGCCGGAGGCGCUGCAAUUCCUCGAGGAGAACCUGAGCGAUGACGACUACGGCGUCUGGAAGAGCCUCGGCACGGCCUGGAACAAGUCCAGGGCCGAGUACCCCAACAGCGCCCUGGUGCCCGCGUACACCCCGGCUUUUUCGGACGGCUGGCUGCCCCCCGUGAUGGAGCAGGAACGUCACGAGGACCUCCAGGACACCGCACCGCCUGCCUCAGUUUCCCCAACUCUCUUGCGACACCCUUCCCUGUCCCUGUCCCCCGCACAGUCCCCGGCCACCGGCUGGAGGGACAAUCCCAGCCGAGUGUCCCCCCUCCCUGCCCAGGGGCUGGCCCGGGCCCUGUACGACUUCCAGGCGAGGAAUUCACAGGAGCUGAGCGUCAGGAAGGGGGACACGCUGCAGGUCUUGGACCAGCAGAGGAAGUGGUGGCUGGUGCAGGACGAGCGGGGGGACAGGGGACACGUCCCUGGUAACAUCCUGGAGCCCCUCCCGGAGCCGGGGUACAGCCCCAGACAGGACAGUCCCCCCACCCUGCGACUCAGCUCCUCGCCGGCAGAGGUGACAGCCUGGCUCACGGACAAGGGCUUCUCGCGGAUCACGGUGCGGACCCUGGGGGUGCUGCGGGGACACGAACUGCUGCAGAUGAGCCCGGCCGAGCUGCGAGGCGUCUGCCCCGAGGAGUGGCGGAGGGUCCUCUUCAAGCUGUCCCCCAUCAGGACAUCCCUGGGGGUGAGGGACCCCCGCCCCAUGUCGGGACUACCGAUCGCCCCCAGGGACUGA